AUGUCUUCACUUCAAUUUAGUACUCCAAUUUCUCCUUCUUGUCAACAAUUCUUGGGAACCAAUUCCCAAUUUUCCAUUAAAUUCCUACUCUCAUUCUCCAACCCCAACAACCAGUUCAACAACUGUUCGCUUCUGUUGAAUUGUGCUAACAAAAUCAAAUCCUUGAGAACCCACAAAUUUAUUCGUUCAAGAAUUACUUGCUCUGCAAAAGCUACUCAGGGCUCUGAUCUGGUGGUGAAAGAGAAAAGUGUUUCUGUGGUUCUGCUUGCGGGAGGAAAGGGUAAAAGAAUGGGUGCAAGCAUGCCAAAGCAGUAUCUUCCACUACUAGGCCAACCAAUUGCACUCUAUAGUUUUUACACUUUCUCAAAGAUGCCUGAAGUAAAGGAGAUCGUCGUAGUUUGUGAUCCUUCUUAUCAAGACAUCUUUGAAGAUGCUAAGGAUAGCAUCCAUGUGGACCUCAAAUUUGCAUUGCCCGGAAAGGAGCGACAAGAUUCAGUAUAUAGUGGACUUCAGGAAGUUGAUUUGAAUUCUCAACUUGUCUGCAUUCAUGAUUCUGCAAGACCUCUGGUAUCAGCUGAAGAUGUAGCUAAGGUUCUAAAGGAUGGUUGGCUUAUUGGGGCAGCUGUCCUAGGUGUUCCUGCCAAAGCUACAAUCAAAGAGGCAAAUGGUGAAUCCUUUGUAGUGAAAACUCUGGACAGGAAAACGCUAUGGGAAAUGCAAACCCCUCAGGUUAUCAAGCCUGACUUGCUCAAGAAAGGUUUUGAACUUGUUAAUAGGGAAGGUCUUGAAGUCACCGACGAUGUAUCAAUCGUAGAGCACCUUAAACAUCCUGUGUAUAUUACUGAAGGAUCCUAUACCAACAUCAAGGUUACAACCCCUGAUGAUUUGUUACUUGCUGAAAGAAUAUUGAAUCCUGCCACUGCAGUUCCAGCCCAUUAA